AUGGAUGAUGGCAUCAAGACAAAGCUUCUCCGACACGAAGAAGAAGAGGAAGGCAAUUUGAAAGAGCGGAUAUGGGUCGAAUCAAAAAAGAUAUGGAGGGUUGCAUUGCCCGGUGUCAUAUCAAGAGUUUGUGCAUUCGGAACCAUUGUUGUCACUCAAUCGUUUAUCGGACAUAUCAGCGACAUAGAUCUUGCCGGCUACGCGCUUGUUCAAACGCUAAGCGUUCGAUUUGUCAACGGAAUACUUUUGGGAAUGUCGAGUGCAACCGAAACCCUUUGUGGACAAGCAUUCGGAGCCGGACAAAACCAUAUGAUAGGCAUUUACUUACAACGAUCAUGGAUCGUUGACUUGAUCACUACGACCGUCUUCAUCCCGAUCUUCAUCUUUGGUACCCAACUCUUCAAACUUCUUGGCGAGGAAGAAGCGAUAGCGAGUAGUGGCGGAUACAUAUCGUUAUGGUUCAUUCCUUUCGUCUACAACUUUGUCUUUAGCUUGACCAUCCAAAUGUUUCUACAAGCACAGUUAAAAAACAUGAUUAUCGCAUGGCUUUCAGCAUUUCAAUUUGCGAUCCAUAUACCGUUAUCACUGCUUUUGGUGUAUAAAUUUAACAUGGGGGUCGCGGGUGCGAUGAUUGCACUCUCGUUGUCUUCGUGGUUUCUUGUGAUCGGUGAAUUCAUAUACAUUUUUGGAGGUUGGUGUCCUCAUUCAUGGAAAGGAUUCAAAGUUGCGGCAUUUAAAGAUCUGUUGCCUGUUGUCAAGCUCUCAAUCUCUUCUGGUGUGAUGGUCUGCUUGGAGUUAUGGUACUAUGCUGUUCUUGUCUUACUUGCUGGAUACAUGGCUAAUGCCGAGGUCGCGAUAUCGGCCUUCUCCAUUUGCCUCAACAUAAAUGCAUGGGAGUUCAUGAUCAGCCUUGGUUUCUUAGGUGCCGCAUGCGUUCGGGUGGCGAAUGAAUUAGGGAGAGGAAACGCGAAGGCAGUAAAGUUUUCGAUAAAAGUGUUGUUGGGAACGUCCAUUGCGAUCGGCAUGUUCUUCUUUGUACUUUGUUUGGUGUUCGGCAAAAAACUCGCAUACGUGUUCACUGAUGAUGAUAGGGUUGCGGAUACAGUAUCGGAUCUUUCCUUGCUUCUCUCUUUUUCGGUUUUGUUGAACAGCAUCUAUCCGGUUCUCUCAGGCGUGGCGGUUGGAGCCGGUAUGCAGGGUGUUGUAGCAAUUGUUAACCUCGUUUGCUUUUACGUGAUCGGUGUCCCAUUGGGAGCUUUGCUUGGAUAUUUAACGCCCCUCGAAGUUAAAGGUAUAUGGAUCGGAAUGAUUUGUGGUGUUCUAACGCAAACACUUACACUUAUAUAUUUGACAUGGAGAACAAACUGGGAUGAACAGGUUAAAAAUGCUUCAGAACGUCUUAAUAGAUUCUACUUGCAUUCAGAUGAAAAUCCCGAGCAAAUCUCUAAUGAGUCAUGAUUGAGAUAACGAUUAUUUUUGGAAUUUUUGGCCGGAGCUACAACAGUCAUGUACGAGUUGUUUGCUGAAGGACCAGACCAAGACCACAGAUUUUGGGAGCAAUUAUGGGCUUGCUUCAUCUGUAAGCAACUUUUGUACUGCUUAACCUAGUUUGGAGCCGAAUCCUCCUAAAAUGGUAUAAAUAAGAGCGUUACCUUAAGCCUAAAAACAUCAACCUUUGCGUUUUUAAUUUUCUAAAUUUUUAUUGCUUUCUAGUUUAAUAUUUUGGGUUUACCUAUUUCCCAAGAACCGAAAUCUUUUGAGCUACUAUCGAUUUUGUUGUUACCUCCAAUUUUAAAUCAAAGUUCGAUUAUUUCAAGUUCAUUUCUUCUACUUGUUCUUACUUUCGGUUUUAAGAGUUUACUUAUUUCUGGUUACGUCUUGGAAGUAACCUAUCAUUGUGGCAUUACAUCAGAUUUCCAAUCUUUUUUGUGGCUCAUGAUUAAUUUUCAAUUGUAGUAAUUUGGAUCUUCCACAAUAUUCAAAGCAAGUAUUUUC